GAGAAAUAUUGUUGAUAAUAUUUUGUUUUUAAUUUGACCACAAAUUCAAAAUGCAAACCCAAGUGGGCUGCGCCGCCGGACCGAGCACGCCAUGGCACGACCACACCAGCCGAGGACCUUACUUUGACCGCACCAUGACCAACAACGUGUCGACGACCAUCGGCCGGACGGUGCUGCUGCGCUGCAGGAUAUUCCAGCUCGACGGCCAGGCGGUAUCGUGGAUCAGAAAACAGGAUCUACACAUUCUCACACUGGGAGCCUACAGUUAUACAACCGAUGACAGAUUCAAGGAAGACCACCAGCAGCACCAGGAGGAUAAAUGCCAGAAGCGCGCCGCCGAUCACCAGGCCCAGACUGGUCGAGCUGAGCACCAGCCACCGUAG